AUGUGGCAUUAUUUUUUGAUACUUGCUGAAGUAACAGCUUUUUCUCUGCCUGGAGUCGCUCCAAAAGACUACGAAGAAGGCUCAAAAAUAGAACUUUCAGUUAAUAAGCUAGAUUCCUCAGAAACACAACUACCAUUUGACUAUUAUUACCUGAAUUUCUGCAAGCCAGCCCAUCUUGAAAAGAAAAAUGAAAAUUUAGGCCAGAUUUUGUCUGGAGACAGGCAAGAAAGUUCCCCAUACGAAAUUUAUAUGAAAAUUAACCAAAACUGCAAGUAUCUAGGUACCAUGAAAAAUAAUCAUGACCAGGUAGAAAAUUUCAAAUGGAUGAUUGACAAUCAGUACAGAGCCUCCUGGAUGAUGGACAAUCUUCCAUCAGGUCUGAGGCUGACAGCUAGUUUUGAGAACACUGAGCCUAAGCGGCUCUCAUUUUAUCAAGAUGGGUUUCCAAUAGGCUUCAAAAAGGACGGGAAAUAUUUUGUGAAUAACCAUGCACACAUUAUAGUAAAAGUUUAUAACACAUACCAAGGAAACGACCAGAGCCCUGAUACCUGAAGAGUUGUAGGCUUUUUAGUUGAGCCUUUAAGCUUCUAUAAUAAAAGUCCAGAAAACUUAAAAUGCUCUGAACAAGACUUUAUUGACUAUUUAGAGUACUCUAGAGAGCUAGAAGAACAGUUCGUGAAUCCUGAAGAAAUAAUAGAAAACGGAUUUGAUGGAUAUAUGACUGGAAUUUUAUAUCAGAUCCUAGAAAAAGACAAAAAUAUUACUUAUACUUAUUCAGUGACCUUUGAAAAAAGUGAUGUGCAAUGGGCACAUAGGUGGGAAAUGUAUUUGUAUUCUGGAAUGAAUAAAGAAGUCCAUUGGCUGUCAGUGAUCAAUUCUUUUGCGAUGGUGCUGCUUUUAUCUGGAAUGGUAGCUAAUAUCCUGAGGAGAACUAUAAAUAAAGAUAUAUCAAGAUAUAAUGAAAAUCUGGACUCUGAAGAGGAAUCAGGAUGGAAACAAGUCAGUGGGGAUAUUUUUAGACCGCCAAGCCAUCCUAUGUUCUUAUCUGUAUUAAUUGGGUCUGGAAUCCAAGUAAUUGGCAUGGCCAUUCUUACACUAGUUUUUGCCUGCUUAGGGUUCCUUUCUCCAGCCUAUAGAGGAAGCUUAUUGACAACUGCGAUUGUCCUAUUUGCUUUUAUGGGCGUUUUCGGAGGAUACACAGCUUCAAGGUUUUAUAAGAUGUUUGAUGGGGUAAAUUGGAAAAGCUGUGCAAUGGGCACUGCUUUUUUCUUCCCAGGUUUGUGCUUUAUUAUGUUCUUUGUUAUAAACUUAUUGAUAAGAAGUGAAGAAAGCUCAGGGGCUGUCCCAUUUUUUACUCUUAUAACACUUUUAGUGCUAUGGUUUGGGAUUUCUGUGCCUUUAGUAUUUUUAGGCAGCGCAAUGGGAUAUAGAAAACCUACAAUUCAGGUGCCCUGGAAAAUAAAUAAAAUUCCUAGGCCUUUGAAGAAAUAAAAUGUAACGUUGACAGAAAUUGGAUUCCGAGCCCAAUCCAUCGGGCUGAAUCCUGGUGGCUGCAUUGCUUUUCAGUAAUCCUUUUGGUUUGGGCAUCCCUUACUGAACAGGGAAGUUUUGUUUCUCCCUCGAAAGUUUUCCUGUGCCUGCCUGAUGGGGUUAAGUAGGUUUUGCUAACCAAAUGGAUUAUCCUCAUUGUGACUAUCGGGACACUCCGAGAUGGUAGCUCUUCCUUAGGGAGCUAUUCCUUUGGUCUGCGGCUCAGGUCGAAAUCCAAAAGGGGUUCUUUUAAAACCAAAUGAGCAACAGCUAGUGGUCUACCCACUUAUAACCUAUUAAACUUUUAACUUUUAGACCUUUGAGCACUAUGGCAGGAUCCUGAAAAAUUAGCUUGAUUGGCUUAUUAGCAGGUUCAUUGCCAUUCGGGUGUAUGUUUAUUGAAAUUAGUUAUAUAAUGAAAAGCUUAUGACACCACACACUAUUUUAUUAUUUAUUCGGAUUUUUAUUAUUGUGCUGUAUCGUUUUAGUUAUUACAUCCGCAGAAGUAUCAAUUUUAUUAGUAUAUUUAUUACUUUGCAAAGAAGACUACCGAUGGUGGUGGCUUUCAGCAUGAGUCUCUGGGUCAUCAGGGAUAUAUUUAUUUCUCUAUGCAAUUAUCUACUACUCAACUGAGCUGAAUAUAUCUCGAUUUUCUUCUUCAGUUAUUUAUUUUGGCUAUAUGUUUCUUGGCAGUAUAGCGUUCGGGAUUGUGACAAGCACUAUUGGCUUUCUAGCAGCCUACAUAUUUGUGAGGAGGAUAUAUUCAUUAAUAAAACUUGAUUAG